AGAGUGUAACAUUUAAAAUCAUUGCUUAAUUGUGUGUCAAUCAUUUGUUUUAAUUGCUCACCAUUUUUUUUGUUUGUUUCAAUAAUUGAGUUUCUCUCACCUUUAUUUUGAUUGUUUUUCCUUUAAUUUGAUUGACAAUUUAAAUUAAUCAUCUUUCCAAAGUGAAUUAACUGUUUUGAUUAUCUUAAUUAUCUUAAUGAUUGUGACCAGAUAAAGGAGAAGACAGAAAAUCGAAAGUAAUUGAAUUAAUUUCUCUGUGUCAUGUUGUUAAUCCAGUUAAUUGUGUUGAUGAUUAAAUCGUCAUUCAUUUGAUUGUUGUCCAUCUUCAAUGUGAUUAGACACGUUGUUAACCUUUGGAUACAACACUUAAGUUUAAUUGGCUUAUUUUAAUUGUUGAUUACCAAUAACAAUUCCGCAUCAUCAAUACUCACAUUUCGCAUCUUAAAUCAUCAUCAUAAUCAUCAUUUAAAUUGUUGAUCAUUAAUAAUCAAUUUUUUCCUCUCACCCAACAAUUAAAGUGAUGGAUGAAAGUGUCACCAUAAGUUCAAGUGAUUCGGACUUUUUGAGCUCAUCAAUUGGAAGCCGUUCAGUUUCAAUUGAAAGACCGGGAAUUUGGGUUUGGCUGUCCGAUCAUAUAAACAAACGGCGAUUGACCAAAAAGGACAUUAGUGACCUUACAAAUGACCCUAAAGAUGCUUCACCUGAGAUUAUCGGUCGAUCAUUGUUUUACCUGAGUUCAUCAUGGGAUCCAAUUGAAAUGGAGACUGACCUGAAAUCCGAAGCAAAUGAUGAACAAUCUCCCGUUGAGUCAAUAUCGAAUUGGCCUGGUUCGAUCAAUUCAAAGUCUACAUCAAAUGGUGAGGAUGAAGAUGUUAACUCAAAUACGGAAAUAAUUGACCACAAUGAUGAUCAUCUUGAAGAUGAAUCUCACCAUGAUCAAAUUGAUGAUUCAGACAAAAUUUCAUUGGGAAUUAACGUGGACGAAUCAAAAGUCAAUCUAAUCAGCCCAAACAUCAUCAACAGCAAUAGUCGUCCAUCGUCAAGGCCUGUUUCAAUUCAGCGUCACUCGAAAAGGUCAAGUGGCAGUUCAGAGGGUUCAAAAGGUUUAAAUGCUGAAGCAAAUGCCGCUAUUGAACAGGAACGAUAUGAAAUGAGACGAAAUCGACUUCUCCAAGAACUAAUAACAACCGAAGAAGAUUAUGUCCGUCAUUUGGCCUCCGUUAUCAAUGGAUAUAUGAACCUGAUGAAGAAUGACAAACCUUAUCCUGUUCCCGAUGACCUGAGAGGUGGUAAGGCUCGUAUUGUUUUCGGUAAUAUUGAAGCAAUUUAUGAAUGGCAUCGAGAUUAUAUGGUCAAGGAAAUAAACAAAUGCGUUUGUAAACAAGGACAAUUAGGACCAGUAUUUAAACGUUGGUUAAAAAAAUUAAACAUUUACGUUGUUUAUUGUCAGAAUAAAAAUAAAUCAGAAUUCAUUGUACAACAAUAUUUAAACAACUAUUUUGAGGAUCUGAGACUUCACCUUGGACAUCAAUUACGUUUACCUGAUCUUUUAAUCAAACCAAUCCAACGGAUUAUGAAAUAUCAAUUAAUCUUAUCCAAUUUACUGAAAUACACCCAACAGGCUGGUCUUGUUAAUGAAUUAAAUGACCUACGGUCAGCAUUACAAUAUAUGCAAGCAGUUCCCAAGACAACAAAUGAUAUGAUGGCUCUAACUCGGCUUGCUGGUUAUGAAGGGUCAAUAAUGGCUCAGGGUAAUCUAAUUAGCCAAGGAAUACUUUUUGUAGGUCAACCAUCAUCAAUAUUAUCAGCAUCAUCCUCAUUCUCAUCAUUUUUACUUGAAACUGAAUCGCCCAAUAACAGUAACGAUAAUAAUAAUAAUAAUAACCACCUUGGAAACAAAUUGUUACGAUCAAUCAGCUCAAAUUCAACUUAUUCGUAUCAAUUUAAGAAACGUUAUGUCUUCUUGUUUGACAAGAUGAUUCUCAUCUGUAAAAUGCCCAAGGGUCAUCAUGCUUUCUCUGAAUAUAUUUACAAGUUUCAUCUUCCAAUGAAUAAAAUAUCAGCUCUUGAAAAUUUCACCACAUCACAGACCAAAUUUCAGCUGACCAUUGAAAAUUAUUCUAUCAAUGGUUUUAUCGGAGGUCCAAAUAUCGUCUUUAAGGCAACAAGUAUCGAUGAAAAGGAAAAAUGGACAACAUGUAUUCAGAAAAUUCUUGACCGACAAUCGUUUUUCAUCAAAGCUCUAAUUUCACCAAUAGUUCAUCAAAAAUCAAUUGGAACAUGAUAAAAUCUCCAUUAGCUAUUGACCCCAUCUUCAUCUUUCUGGACAAUCGUUUCUUUAGAUUAAAGGUUAAUCAUGACAACAAUUAAAUCGUCAAACUUGUUAACCUUUAACACUUUUAUAAAUAUUGUAAAACUUUUCUGUAUAAUAUUUAUUAUCCGUUAAUCUGAUUAGUUGAUUAACAUUUAAUAAUCUUUUGCUCUCUAUUAUUGAUAUAUUUUCUUGUAUUAGUAUUUGCAUUAACUGUUGAUUAACUAAGUUGAAUUGACAAUCAAUCAAUGUUAUGUUUAUCCAGUGAAACAAAAUUAAACUUUUCCAAUUGUUAAAAACAUGUAAA